CGCACAAGUAUGACAUAUGUCAAGGCUAGCAAGUUGCUGUGCAUACAUACAUCGCUGGCCACACUGGCGUUUAUCUCUUCUCUUAACGAAACACUCAUCUUCGACUUUGUUCGAUGUUCUUGACGUCCCUCUUUAGACCACCAAACCUGGUUCAUAAUGAGCAGUGACUCCUGCCACCCACCCCCGCCUUCAUACGAGCUCUCCCAGCAGGGCCAUGACCAGAAGAUCAUCGAAAAGAAUCUCCAAGAGUUGCUCUUAUCCAAGAUUCCCAUUCAUGACAUUGAGGAAGAGCGCGAUGAAAACGAUAGUAAAGAUUCCAAAGAUUCAGAAGAGCAGAAACAGAAACAGCCCUCGGGAUUGUUCCAGACCCCAGUACAACCGCUUCACAUACAGAAGCGUACGCCUCGAGGAGCUCGCCCCCUUCCUCCAAGCCCAGCAGACGCUCAAUAUUCUCGCAGCAAACCAGCUGCCAUCCACCCAAUUGGUCCUCUCAAAGAGGAAUUAGAGCACCAAGAGUAUCAUGAGGUUUUCUCGCCCCCUCCACCCUUCACAGCUGUUGGUCCCUCUCUCGAGGGGCCUCCGUACGAAUACUCGAUGUAUCAUGCCAGUGGCUCUGCACCACAACCCACACCCGACCGUACUUCCUUCAAUCCACCUUCUGUUCGUUAUGGACAGCACCGUCCCUCUUCAUCGUAUUCUUCCGCUGAGCCACGCGCAGAGACUUUCCAUCGGCGCAUUUCUCAUGGCUCUUGUCUUGAACCCAACUCGAAGCAUUCAACGCUUCCAGGAAAAAGUUCUGAUACCCGGCUGAAUUUUAAUCCAUCAAUUGCCUAUGCAACCUCAUCUAACGCCAUGUAUGAUCUUUGGGAGCAUGCAUCUGACUCGACAGCAGUUAAUGCUGCUUCCCUCUACUCCUCAGCGGUGUCAUCCCAUUUACAUCCAGGGUCAACUGUCAAUCCAGGUCCGUCCCACAUGAAUAGAUUUUCGACGCCUCCUCGACCUUCUGCAUCUUACGAAUCGCUCACGCCUGCAAGCAGCUUGCGAUCUCCUGCUUCACAAUUCCAUUCACCUUACGUGCCUGCUUAUUCGGCUUCCCAACAGUCACUUCCGCGGUAUGCUCAAUUCAGGUCAAACCACGGAGGUCAUGUUCGAUGGACCUCAGAAGUUGAUUUUAAAGACAAAUAUCCGUGAUAUCCCAUAUACAUCCACUCAACUGUACUACAAAGUCUCGGACGUCCCACACUCUCAUUACGCCAUUAUGAUAUCUUAGUAUAUGUACAUACCUCCUCAGAUGUUAGGUCAAACAGUACAGGGUCCUUUCUUAUUGCUGCUAUGCUAGCUCCUGCAUAUGAAAUCACAACUUAAAAGUUACCAUCACAACCUAGAAUAUUUUCUUGUCACGUUUAGCUAACCAGCCGAU